UAUUUCACAAGAACGGACCAACAGUCCUAUAAAAGCAGUCCUCUUCUCUCUCUCCUUCUCCACACUUUCUCCACAUUUUCCCUUCAACUUCCCAAUUUUGCUUCUGUUUUCUCUCCUCUCUCACCGUUUUCAACCUCCAUUGAAGCAAUCCUUUAAAUAACUUUUUUUCUGGUAACUUUUCUCUCUCCUCUCUCUUUUUUCUCUACUUUACUCCGAUCAUAGUCUCACUUGUUAUCUCUCCUCUCAUAGCGAUGUCGUACCAUGGCGGUAGUAGCGGCGGAGGGCGAGGCGAUGGUCGUGGUGGCGGUCAAGGCCACGGAGGUUACUCAGGAGGCUACGGAGGUCGAGGGCGUGGUGGACACCCUGGCGACUUCGGCGGACGUGGUCGUGGAGGUUACUCCGGAGAUUACGGAGGUCGUGGUCGCGGUGAUUUUGGAGGAAGAGGCUCUGGCGGUGGCGGACGUGGAGGUUCACGGCCACCGAGUUUCGGUUGCUUAACGAAGGCGAGUUGGGAUGCGGCUGCCGGUGUCAGCUUAAUCUCAGAGAUGAAGAAACUUCAGUUGACGGCUUCAGCAUCGGCGGCCAAGGCUCAGCCGCGAAGGAGUCACAAGCCUUUGGUAUUACCAAAACGGCCUGGACUUGGUACUUCUGGAAUGCGGUGUGCUGUGAGAGCGAAUCACUUCCUCGUCCAACUUUCUGACAAAGACUUUCAUCACUACGAUGUAUCGAUCAGUCCAGAGAUAGCGUCCAAGAAUUUUAGCAAAAAGAUAUUGAAUAAGUUGGUACAGGAUGACGAGUCGUCUUUGGGGAACAGGAUUCCGGCAUAUGAUGGCAAUAAGAGCCUCUACACUGCAGGUCCUUUGCCAUUUACAUCAAAGGAUUUUGUUGUUAAAAUUGUAAAGCAAAGAGGAGGCCGUCCCGAGAGUGAGGUUCAAAAAUUCCAGGUAACCAUAAAACUGGCUUGCAAGGUUGAUAUACAUUUCCUGCAAGAGUAUCUUCUUGGUCGUUUCUCAGAGUCCCCUCAAGAUGCCAUCCAAGUACUUGAUGUCGUUCUUCGUGCAGCUAAGCCUCCUACAGAGUAUGUGUUAAUUGGGAGAUCUUUCUUCUCGGAAUCACUGGGUACGGGGAUUCUUGCUGAUGGAUUAGAGUACUGGAGGGGGUAUUAUCAAAGCAUUAGGCCAACUCAGAUGGGCCUCUCUCUGAAUAUUGAUGCGUCUGCCCGACCAUUUUAUGAGUCAAAAAUGGUUCACGAGUUUGUGGCUGAUUAUUUGAAUUUGAGAGAUCUCUCCAGGCCUCUUUCGGAUGCAAAUCGUGUGAAGGUCAAGAGGGCAUUGAAAAAUAUCACAGUGGAAACCAAUCAUUCGGCUUACAAGAGACGCUACAGAGUGAUUGGCGUAUCAAGUGAACCUGCAAACCAAGUGAUGUUCUCUCUUGGAAGUGAUGACACCCAGCUGUCUGUUUCACAGUACUUUAGAGACAAGUACAAUAUACAGCUUAGACAUCCAGCUUUACCUUGCAUCCAAAUUGGGCAGCCUAAGAAGCCUACCUAUCUGCCUAUGGAGGUCUGCCAAAUUGUUCAUGGUCAAAAGUACCCUAAGAAGUUGAACGAGAAGCAAGUUACUGCUCUUUUAAAGGCCACUUGCCAACGACCUCAUGAGAGAGAAAACAAUAUCAACAAGAUGGUGAAGGAAAACAGGUACUCGGAAAAUCAGAUGGUCAAACAAGAAUUUGGAAUGAAUAUAUCUGAAGUGUCUACAACUGUUGAUGCCCGAGUUUUGCCUCCCCCAAUGCUUAAGUAUCAUGACAGUGGCGCAGAGCGAGAAGUUGCUCCAGGGGUGGGCCAGUGGAAUAUGAUUAAUAAGAAAAUGUACAAUGGUGCUACUGUGGCUCAAUGGGCUUGCCUGAAUUUUUCAAGAAUGGAUCAACGUUUAGUGCAGCAGUUUUGCAUGGAACUCGUUGCCAUGUGUUCUAGCAAGGGAAUGAACUUCAAUCCGAACCCUUGUAUUCCCAUACGCUCUGCUCACCCUGCUCAGAUUGAGAAAGCCCUUUCAGAAUUGGGAGUUCAGUUGCAGUUGCUCUUAAUAAUAUUGCCAGAUGUUACUGGAUCGUAUGGAAAAAUUAAAAGAAUAUGUGAAACUGAGCUCGGUAUAGUUUCUCAAUGUUGUCAGCCUAGGCAAGCUUGUAAGCUUGGCAAGCAGUAUCUUGAAAAUGUAGCUUUGAAAAUUAAUGUGAAGGCUGGGGGAAGCAAUACAGUCUUGUGUGAUGCAAUACAGAGGAAUAUACCUCUCUUGACUGAUGUACCAACGAUAAUUUUUGGCGCUGAUGUUACACACGCUCAGCCAGGGGAAGACUCUAGUGCCUCAAUUGCAGCGGUUGUUGGCUCAAUGGACUGGCCUGGGGUGACCAAGUAUAGAGGGCUUGUUCGUGCGCAGGGUCAUCGAGUAGAAAUUAUAAAGGAUUUGCAUACAUGUGUUAGAGAACUACUGAUAGCUUUCUACAAGGCAAAUAAUAAACACAAGCCUGAAAGAAUUAUAUUCUUUAGGGAUGGAGUAAGCGAAGGGCAGUUUGCUCAGGUUUUGCUGCACGAGGUUGAUGUCAUACGGCAGGCAUGCGAAUCCAUCCAAGAAAACUAUCAACCACGUGUGACGUUUGUGGUUGUUCAGAAAAGGCACCAUACCCGCCUUUUCCCUGUUGAUAACAAAAUGACAGACAGGAGUGGCAAUAUUCUGCCAGGAACUGUGGUUGAUACCAAAAUUUGCCAUCCAUCGGAGUUUGACUUCUACCUAUGCAGCCAUGCAGGGAUACAGGGAACGAGCCGGCCUACACACUAUCAUGUGCUUUACGACGAAAACAAUUUUACUGCAGACCUCCUCCAGCUGCUAACAAAUAGCUUGUGCUACACAUUUGCUAGAUGCACACGCUCAGUCUCAGUUGUUCCCCCAGCUUAUUAUGCACAUCUUUUGGCCUUUCGUGCUCGGUACUAUGCUGAAGGUAUGACCAUGUCUGAAAGUGAAUCGAAUAGUGCCAGAGAUCUGACCAAGGACAAACAAGCAGAGGCAGAGGUUCAGGCCCUUCCACAAAUCAAGGAAAACGUGAGGAAUGUCAUGUUCUAUUGCUAGGAAAAACUGCAGCUCCCAAGACCUAAUUAAUUAUACUAGCUAAUUUUGCCAUUUUCGGAUUUUUUGGCUUAAUAAAUUUGAGACUUUAUCACUCGGAUCAAAAGGUCUUGUGCGAACAAGGUGUACAAUAAAUUUAUUGUACACAAAGAUAACUUUAACCCCUUUUUUUUGUAACUUUAACCUAAUUUUGAUUAACUUUUAUAUUAGUAAAAAAUUUAAUCCC